CGCAUCGCCCCCUUCUACCCCGCAUCACUCGUCCUCGUCGCUCGGCCGGUCGGCUCCCGACUGCAUCGCGAUCAGUCGGUCACCUCCUCCUCUCCUCCGCCUCGCCGGAGAUCAGAAGAGGCGCCGCCGCCGCCGACUUUACGAUGGACGCCUCCUACCGCCGCGCCGGGGGCGGGGGCGGCUCCGCGCCCCGCUCCGUCGAGGACAUCUUCAAGGAUUUCCGCGCCCGCCGCUCCGCCAUCCUCCGCGCCCUCACCCACGACGUCGAUGAGUUCUACGCGCAGUGCGAUCCAGAGAAGGAGAACCUGUGCCUGUACGGGUACUCGAACGAGGCGUGGGAGGUGGCGCUGCCGGCGGAGGAGGUGCCCACGGAGCUGCCGGAGCCGGCGCUCGGGAUCAACUUCGCGCGCGACGGGAUGAACCGCCGCGACUGGCUCGCUCUCGUCGCCGUCCACUCUGACUCGUGGCUCGUCUCCGUCGCAUUCUACUACGCUGCGCGACUCAACCGCAACGACCGGAAGCGCUUGUUUGGCAUGAUGAAUGAUCUACCAACUGUUUUCGAAUUUGUCUCCGGUGGUGUGAAGCAAUUCAGGGAGAGGGACAGAUCCGGUACUGACAACAGUGGUAGAAACAAAUUGCCAGUGAAGCAAACAGCCGAACCACGUGCAGAAAAUAACACCAGGGAGACCGAUGAAGGCUACGACGAAGACGACGGUGACCACAGCGAAACCUUAUGUGGGACAUGUGGCGGAAUAUAUAGCGCGGACGAGUUCUGGAUCGGAUGCGAUGUGUGCGAGAAGUGGUAUCACGGCAAGUGCGUGAAGAUAACCCCCGCGAAGGCGGAUAGCAUAAAGCAGUACAAGUGCCCGAGCUGCAGCUCAAAGAGACCUAGGCAGUAGUAGCACCGUCCUCCAGCAACCUCGCAAGCAGCAGGAGCUCAGACUCCUUGUGCAAGGUCAAUACCAUGUUGCAAUGUUUACUGUAUCUUUCGGUUUAGCUUACAUAUGAAGAUGACAAUGGUAAUGUGAGGAAAGAUCACACAUAUCCAUAGGCUUCUGGUUUCUCCAUGCCCUCACAGAGUUGAGCAGUGAGGGAGCCUUCAUAAUGUUGCCAGGUGAAUUGAGCAGCCUAUGCGACAAUAAUCCGAGAUGUUAAUGUUAAUAUUUUAGUUGUGGCAUCA